AUGAUUGGCUCUCUCCUUUAUCUGACUGCUUCUCGUCCUGAUAUAUUAAUCAACGUAUGUCGGUGUGCUAGAUUUCAGUCAGAUCUAAGGGAAUCUCAUUUAACCACUGUUAAGAGAAUCCUUAGAUAUGUGAAAGGAACACCUAAUCUUGGCUUGAUGUAUAAGAAAACAUCAGAGUACAGGCUUUCUGGGUAUUAUGAUGCAGAUUAUGCUGGAGAUAGGUUAGAACGCAAACGCACAUCUAGGAACUAUCAGUUUCUAGGAGGAAACCUCAUCUCAUGGGCAGGCAAAAGACAAUCAACCAUUACACUAUCAACUGCAGAAGCUAAAUAUAUCUCAGCUUCACUUUGCUGCACUCAGAUGCUUUGGAUAAAGAAUCAGCUUGAGGACUUUCAGAUCUAUGAGAGUAACAUUCCUACCUUUUGUGAUAAUACUAUUGCUAUUUGCUUAAGUAAGAAUCCAAUUUUAAAUUCUAGAGAGAAUCACAUAGAAAUUAAACACCACUUUAUUAGAGAUUAUGUUUAG